AUGUUACAAGUGUUGAUCAUUACUCUACUAAGUAUUGUCCGACAAAGUUCUCAAACUGUUUACUCAUGCAAUAAAAACGUAUCAUGUGGUUGUUCAGCGAGUUCAGUAUCAAUAAGUCGUAUUGUCGGUGGAGAAGAUGCUAGUUCCGGUGCAUGGAAUUGGGCUGUCUCAAUCCGUAUUGGUAGUAGUGGCCUUUGUGGCGGAUCUAUUAUAUCUAGUUCAUGGGUGAUUACUGCAGCUCAUUGUGUAGCAGACUUCACUCCGUCUGACUUUAUUGUUUACGCAGGAUCAAAUGCACGUUGGUCUGGCAGUCAAAGUCGAACUGUAUCAAAUAUUAUUGCACAUGAGAACUUUAACCCAUUAACAUACGAGUAUGAUAUUGCUUUGUUGCAACUUAGUUCUCCAUUGAACAUGAGUGAUCCUGCCUUGAGUAAAAUCUGUCUACCAAAUGUUACCCAAGCAACAUUGUCGGCUGGUGAAUGGCCACCCAGCGGAACAAGUGUUGUAACUAUUGGAUGGGGUCGAUUGUCUGAAAGUGGUUCAUUGCCAUCAGCACUUCAACAAGUUACCUUGCAAACGGUAGGUUAUCAAACAUCGACUUGCCGCCCAGUUAUGGUUAAUUGGCAAGUUCAGUUUUGCGCUAGUGUGAUAAAUGGCACAAAAGAUACUUGCCAAGGAGAUUCAGGGGGUCCAAUGAUGAUGUUUAGCUCAAGUAAUCAAUGGAUAUUGGUUGGUCUGACAAGUAGUGGCAUUGGAUGUGCACGACCUCAAUAUGCUGGUUUAUAUACCCGAGUUGCAACUUUUCAAGAUUGGAUAAAUUUGAAUACCAAUUCUACCAAUUCAAAUGGAACAUCAUUGGGCUCUAAUAAUUCUAAUGAUACCAACACGACAACAAUGCCAACGAGGACAACAAUGCCAACGACGAUAACAAUACCAACGACGACCUUUGGACCUAUCACUUUGCAUGCGAACACAGUUGCAGCUUCGAUUCGGAAUGUUUUGGUAGUUGUGCUCUUCAGUUUACUUCCUCUAUCUUUUUAUUGA